UCCUUGAUAUAAGUAUAUUACCUUACAGAUCAGCACAGCGACUAAACUAAUUAAGCAUUGUAUUGUCAAUUUGCCUUAUCCAAGACGGCCAAUAUGGAUAGAACACCAGAAGUAUAUAACAAGAGGCAUGCAGUAGUGCAUGGAUAUCUCAGAAACGGAAGAACAUCGCGAGACUCCAAGAUCUGAUCGCGCUCGUCAUAUUAAUAACAGAUCUAAGCCUGCAGGAAUAUUAUUUCAUAUAAGAUCAGAACUGUAGGAUCUCUCUGCAAACACAAGAACAGCAGCUGCAAGCGAGUUAUCGGUCACACAGGGCUUUUUCGGUUUGGAGGAAUUUUGGAGGAUUAAACUAUUUCCUCUAAAAUUCGUGUGCUCGAAAGAAGCCCUCAUGUAGAAAUAUCCAGACAUAGCCAAGAGACAUGCUGGAGUAGCAUCUUUGUUUGCCAUCCUUACGUUUCUCUGUAAACUAGAUUGAGCAAUUUGUUGCUCAAGGUUUACUAGAGAGCGAUGGCUGAGAGCGUGAUUCUUUUUGCUGUAAAGAAGAUCGGUGUUGCGUUGGGUACUGAAGCAAUCAAUCAGGCUACUUCAUAUUUCAAAAAGUAUGUUAUACAGCUGACAGAGCUUCAAGGAAGCAUGGGCCGCAUCAGGAGGGAGCUACGGUUGAUGCAUGAGUUUCUCUGUCGAAUGGAUGUACGCAACCGCAAUAACCAAACAUAUGAAAUUUGGGUAGAGGAGGUACGAGUUCUUGUACAUGGGAUUGAAGACAUUGUGGAUGAGUACUUGCAUCUUGUAGGCCAGAAGCUUGACACUGGAUGCAGAACCUAUCUGAAGAAAGGAAUCAAGCGACCCAAUGUUAUGGUCUCGCUGAGCAGGAUAGCUUCAUCGGUAAAGGAAGCAGAGGCCAAUCUGGUGCACCUGUUUCAGGCCAAGGACCGAUGGGUUUUGCUUCCGACUGACAAUUCAAGCUACAUUGUCGAGAGAUCCCAGCAUUUGGCAGCCACUUCACGCUCCAUCUGCGAUGAAGAUCUUGUGGGUGUGGACAAUGACAAGACGGCGGUAACACAGUGGUUGCAAGAUGAUGUGACUGAAUGCCUUGUGGUAGCUCUGCUUGGGAUGGGAGGACUUGGUAAAACAGCCCUGGCUGCAAACGUCUACAGGAGGGAGAAGGAAAAGUUUGAAUGCCGUGCCUGGGUUACCAUCUCUCAAACAUACUCUCGAGUAGGGGUUUUGAGAAAUUUAAUUGAGGAGUUGUUUAAAGAUAAAGAAGAUGCUCCAACUGACAUUGCCACCAUGGAUGUCUUCUCCCUUGAAGCAAAACUGAAGAGUUUUCUACAGGAAAAGAAAUACUUGAUUGUGCUGGAUGAUGUUUGGACCCCAGAAGUAUUCGUUGAACUGUCCAAUGCAUUUGUUCGCAACAAUAAAGGCAGCAGGCUGGUAAUUACAACACGAGAAAGCAAUGUCGCCAGCCUUGCUUCUCAGAGCCAUGUCCUAACACUAAAAGCUUUACCUAAUGAUAAGGCAAUGGAGUUGUUCCGUAAAAAGGCCUUCCCCAGUGACACAGAUGAAGAAUGUCUUGCACAGCUGGGGAAACUAUCAGAGGAAAUAGUUGGCAAGUGCAAAGGCUUACCUCUUGCUAUUGUCUCUGUCGGUAGCCUCUUGUUUGUGCGUGAGAAAACGAUAGAAGAAUGGAGACGGAUUAAUGAUCAGCUCAGUUGGGAGAUAAUUAACAAUCCUAGGCUUGAUCAUGUCAGGAAUGUCUUGUUGCUGAGCUUCAUAUACCUUCCUUCGUACUUAAAAAGUUGUUUCCUAUAUUGCAGCUUGUUCCCUGAGGACUAUCCUCUUAAAAGGAAGAAACUUGUACGGCUGUGGGUGGCAGAGGGGUUCAUUGUGGAGAAGGGUGAAAGCACAAUGGAAGAAGUAGCAGAAGGCUACCUAAAGGAAUUGGUUCACAGGAACAUGCUGCAACUAGUCCAAAGGAACUCAUUUGGUAGGAUAAAAACAUUCAAAAUGCAUGAUAUUGUGCGUGAUCUGGCAGUCGACUUGUGCCGGAGAGAAUGCUUUGGUGUUGCGUAUGAGGAUGGUAACCAUGGGAGAUCUCUUGAGGAGAAUGACGAACGCCGUCUGGUGAUACACAAAUUCCAUGAGGAUGUUGGUCGGUCAGUUUUAGGUGUAUGCCGGCUCCGAUCCAUCAUUGCCCUAGACAAGAGCACCCCACCUUCCACCAUUCUACCCUCGGUGUUGGACAACUCCAGGUAUAUGUCUGUGCUUGAGCUAAGUGGAUUACCCAUUGAGACUGUCCCCGGUGCUAUUGGGGAUCUCUUUAAUCUGCGCCAUUUGGGGUUGCGAGGAUCAAAGGUGAAGCUUCUCCCAGAAUCCGUCGAGAAGCUGUCCAAUCUGCUGACACUGGACCUCUCUGGAUCAGAGAUACGGCGUCUACCGAGAGGGAUUGUCAAGCUAAGAAAGCUUAGGCACUUGUUUGCCGAGAAACUGAUGGAUGCAACCUGGAGAGAUUUUCGUUGCUGCACCGGCGUGCGCAUCCACAGGGGCCUCGGGAACCUGACAAGCCUGCAGACGCUACAAGGGUUGGAAGCACAAGAGGGGUCCAUCACACAUCUUGGGGAGCUCAGACACCUGCGAAGUAUCAGGGUGUGGAAUGUGAGGGGGGCCUACUGCGGACGCCUGUGCGCGUCUCUCGUUAAGCUGCGAUUCCUGUCCAACCUGUACAUUGUGGCAGGCAACGAAAACGAGGCUCUGCAGCUGCAAGAGAUGAAGCCGACUCCUCCCAAACUUGAGAGGCUAUUUCUGCGAGGUCGGCUAGCCCAAGGCACAUUGCAGGAGUCCCCUCUCUUCCUGGAUACUGCUAGGCUAAACCUGCAUGAGCUACGGCUGUACUGGUCCCAACUGGAACAAGACCCCCUGCAAUCCCUCUCUCUGCUGUCAAAUCUGACAGACCUACGACUAACCAAGGCAUACACCGGACACAAGAUGGUCUUUCUUCCCGAGUGGUUUCCCAACCUCACCAUACUCUGGUUAAGGGACAUGCCUGGCCUGGAGGAAUUAGAGGUGCAAGAAGGCGCCAUGAAGAAACUGCAGAGACUAACACUGGUCAACCUCACCAAACUGGCCGAGGUCCCACCUGGCAUCGAGUUCCUCAAAACCCUCCAGUAUCUAGGCUUUCUGGAGAUCACACAAAACUUCCUGAAUUCGUUGCAGUCCUCUCCAAGAAUUGCAAACUUUCGGUGGCAGUAUUCUCUCCGAGACUCUGGGGUCGCCGCUGAUCGAUAGCUAUCUGCUGCUCUGACACAGUGACACUCUCACUAGACAUACAUGAAAAUGCUUUUUCACAAGGACAGCGUUUAUCUGUUUAUGGAUUUUUGGGUUAAGUUAUCAUUGAUGCACUUGCACCAGAAAAUGCUCAAGCCCUGCUGCUCCCGUUUUCGUUUCCGUUUCAUGAAUAAAUGAAAGCCAAGUGAUCCUUGAAACAUACUGGUGCUGUCAACAUUUUAUCUGCUUGUUUCCAUUCCUAGGAUACCUGUGGACUAUGGUCUACAGACCUGUUUUAGUUGUAAGGGAAUACUGACUAACUGACUAGCAAGCUUUUGUGUGAUCACUGCUGUGGUGUACCAUAUUGUUCAGGAGUUUUAUAUUAUUUGGGACUGGGAGUCCUAUGUUUAUCAAACAAUUAC